CGUUCAGUAAUUUUUAUCAAGUCACUUCCCUGAUAAUUUUUCGAGCGUCUUGUGAAUUGAUUAUUUCCACUUUUUAUUGCUUUCCAGAAUAUUACUUUUGCAGUGUGAGUUUACAUUAUUGUUGCUUUGAAGUCAGUUAAUACAGUGCAACCAGUGAAAAUGGCAGCAAAGGCUAUUUGCGUUCUGACUGGGGAUGUGAAGGGAGUUGUGGAAUUCAAUCAAGCGGAUGCGGGAGCACCCGUUGUGCUGAGCGGCGAAGUGACCGGAUUGACGCCGGGUCAGCAUGGAUUUCACAUUCAUGAAUUCGGAGAUGCCACCAAUGGAUGCACAUCUGCUGGAGCCCACUACAAUCCCCAUGGCAAGGAACACGGUGGACCAGAUAGUGCAGUGAGACAUGCUGGAGAUCUUGGCAAUAUUGUUGCUGAUGCAAGUGGAGUCGCCAAGGUUUCCAUCUCAGAUAAGCAGAUUUCUCUGAGUGGCCAAUACAAUGUCAUUGGUCGUACUUUGGUGGUUCAUGCUGAUCCUGAUGACUUGGGUGUUGGAGGACAUGAACUGAGCAAGACUACCGGAAAUGCAGGAGCUCGUGUGGCUUGCGGAGUCAUCGGCAUUGCUAAAAUGUAAAAAGUCAUAUUGCUAGAUUGAUGUUCCGGAGGAAACAUCUGGCACGGGAUACAGUGGAGCAAAAGCUAGGCUUUGGGAUAUCUUUAUGAAUUACGAACAAAAAUAUGCAGAAAAAUUGGAAUAAAAUGAAGUAAAAUAAAAUGGA